AUGCCUUCCGCGCAACUCUUUCCUCAUCUCUCGUCGACGGGCGCUCCGCCACUAUACUACGAUGUGCGCGCUGCAUAUAUCAAAUACUUCCACGAUCGCGUCAAGGAGGGUUCUGUGCGACCGCUCGUUCCUCACUAUCACCUCGGUGGCAUGUUUCUGCUCCUCGCAUACCUCUCGAUUCCGCAUACCACGCGACCAUGGCUAUAUAAGGCACGAUGGGUAGUUUUGGCUAUAAUAACGUGGCAUUCAUGGAAGACCGCGUGGGAGACGAGUAGUCAGAGUGCUGGUGUGGCUUUGGUUGCCAGUUUGGUGUCGGCUUGGUCGUGGGUGAUGGGCUGCGUAUGGCUGGUGUUCUGUCGACCACAGUUUGAGGCGAAGCGUGUGGAGAAGAGAAUUAUACGAGCGCCAGCGACUGAGAAGAAGGAAUCAGAGGAGCAGAAUAUUUCGAAUGCAGAUUUUGCAUCUGAGGCGGACGGCGUAGGGCAUGAAAUAUCAUCAAACGUAGCCGCUGGCAACCAAGCAAACGGGAUAUCAACAAUCAAGCAUCGAAGUAAAAAGCUCCACCGUCAGAAUGGACACUCAGAUCCAGAAGUAAAGGGUGAAGUAUACGAGAACACCGUUGUGUCCAGCAAAGAGUAUUUCUGGCAGACGUAUCCCGAUACUUUUGGUGAACGACUGAACUGGGCGACCGAUUUAUUGGUCAACUUUCGAGGACCAGGCUGGAAUUGGGCUAUUCCAACUCUUCCAUCCCCUCCAAUUUCUAUCACUGAGCAAGUUGGUGAGUUCGACAAGGAAUCGGCGCGUACAGCAAUCUCCACCACCGGUGUCCGACGAUUCGACACACGGGAAGAAGUAUUCCGCUUCUAUGUUCCUAGAUUCAUUGCAUACUAUUUUAUCGCCGAUUUCAUCAAGGUUCUUAUGAUGAAAGACCCUUACUUUCUUUUUGGCCCUACUACGUAUGCCUUGCCGCCUUACCUUGCGAGUCUAUCUCCAGUAUCGCUGCUGCUUUUCAGGGAGACUCUCAGUGGUGCAGGUAUUGUCAUUCUAAUCGAGAUGGCUUUCCAGCAGGCUCCUCUCGGAUUUUGUCUCUUCUUAGGGCCUCGUGUCCUAGGGCAACGGGCCGACCCAUGGUACUAUGCUACCUCUUGGGGCUCCUUUUCAAACAUUCUUGAUAAAGGCCUAGCCGGUCUUUGGGGCAGAUGGUGGCAUCAAACGUUUCGCUUUUGCUUUUCCGCUCCCACCCAAUUCUUUAUUCGCAAUAACUAUGUAUCAGCACACUCGAAAUAUGCUAAACUUGUCGGUGGUCUCUUUGCCUUUGGCAUAUCUGGCUUGCUUCACUCUGCAGGCUCUGUUUCGCAGAUCGCUCAUACAAAGCCACUGAAUAGCAUGUUGUUCUUCAUGAUGCAAGCACUAGGCAUCUCCCUUCAGACUACCUUUUGUGGAGUUUUUAAGUCCUCAAUUGCAUCUCUGCCGAAGACUAUGAGGCGGACGGGCAACUUCGCAUUUGUCAUGACCUGGCUCCUAAGCACUGGCUGGUUACUGGCAGAUGAUUUCGCUAGGGGCGGAGUAUGGCUCGUUGAACCCCUUCCUAUCAGUCCUCUGAGGGGGUUAGGCUUUGGCGUUGAGGGAGAUAGCUGGUGGGCUUGGUCAGAAAUGGGAUCCGGAUGGUAUUCCGGCAAUCAUUGGUGGGAGAGCGGGUUGGCAUUAUUUUGA